GACGUUUGAUUGACAGCGCGGCAGCUGGGCAGUGGACGAUGUGGAGGGCUGGUGUUGCUGUGUGGGUCGCGCUGACCGUGUCCCUCUUUCCCCGGAGUCGCUGCUCUGGGCUUCUGGCAGCGGGUGCCCGGAAUCUGGAUCGGACUGCAGUUACAGGUCACAUCAGAAUCUCUCUUUUGAUGCCUGUUUCUGUCCAUUUGAGGCCUAAUGAGAGUAAACGAGUUGUCAUUACAAACAUUGGUCACCAAGCUGCCUCUGUGGUUGCCCAAGUGUACUCGCACAUGCAGAAUGUCACAGUCUCGCUCUCUAGGUCCUUUUCUGUAGAUGCAUCUUAUACAAGCUCAAGUGCUGGUGUGGUCCUCAUGUUGCAGCCCACUGCUGAACAGGCAACAUUCUACAUCAAAGCUGGGGAGGCGGAGGUGUCGACAACUCUAUUUGCUCUGCCCUACUCGGCCCAAGAUCCCAUACCUGGUGCCUGCAAUCUCGAGUUUGCCUUGGAAAAUGACCCGAACUUGCACUUGAUGUUCAAUGUGUAUGAAACCACUGUAUCAUUUGCGCCAGCUAACCUGGGUGUAAGCAGAGGGUUGCUGCCCCCUGCUUGUGAUGUUAAGACAGAUUCUCACUCUAGGUGGAGGUUGACCUACGAACUUUACCAAUAUUUUCUACCUGAGAAUGACCUGAGUGUGACAAGUCUAUUAACUGGAAUGAGGAAGAUGUCAUCUGUACAAAGCAUAGAAGCGAAUGGAUUGAAGGUAACUACAAUAAGCUCAAUUCAGCAGACCAGACUCUAUGGAAAUUCGUAUGUUGGCAUUGGAGUGAUAUAUAAUGUUAUUGUGAGAGACCCUCUCUUAAAGACCUCCGCAGCUUAUGCCCCUGUGUCCACGUACACCUGUAACAUGUCCUUCAAGGGGUACAAAUGUAAGAAUCCAGAUGAAACAUUCAUCUACAUACAGAUUCUGUGCACCAUAAUUGGAAUCUAUGGUCUGUUACUCUGCCUAACUGGGCAUAGAAUCUUUGAAGCAGAAUUCCUCUUCUUUGGAUUCCUGAUCUUUGCAUUUAUAAGCUUUGUUGUGGUAACCCGAUUCUCUUCACUUGACUUCAUCAAACGGUUUGCUGUUUUGGUAGGCGUGGGAUUGUUUGGUGGCUUGUUGAUGACUCUCGUGAGGUGGAGGUUUGGUCUUCCUGUCACCUGCGUGACAUUUGUGGGAUUUGUGCUGGGAUUUCUAGUGGCAGCAAUCAUUUUCUUCACUCCACUUGCAAAUCUCAAUUUAUUCCAUAAUGACCUGAACUUCUGGAUGAUAUAUGCCUUUAUAACACUGGUCAUCCCUGUAGUUCUUCUUCCAUUCGCGAAAACACUGAACAUCAUCAGUUGUGCUUUGGUUGGUUCGUAUGCAGUGAUUAUUGCAUUUGGCGUUUACGUCUACAGCAGUCUAACUUACAUAAUUCUGAAUGUUAUCAAAAGAGCAAUACAUCCAGAUUUUGCAAAGGUCUAUAGCAAUGUUCCUUUUCAGCGUACAGAUUACAUUUUGACAUCUGUAUGGGUGUUUUUGUUUGUUAGUGGUGUAGCACUGCAGUUUAUUUUGGCAAGAAAUAGAUCAACGUUCCCACCUUGUCCGUACCAGAAAUGGAGGAGGAGAAGCGCAGUAAUUGGAGAACGAACACCUCUGUUGCAUCCCCCUGAAAUAUGACUGUUUGAAAUCUGUGUGUACCUUCUCCACUUCAUUUCUACAUUGUUAAUUACACUUUGACGGUGCAGAAAUCUGCACAGACUACUCUUCAAAAUGGGGAAGAAUUUUGCCCUUAAUCCUUCAGACUAUCUUACAGAAUUUCUUUUGUGAAAAUAGCCAAAUUUUAAAAUUCCCAUUUUGGAUUGAAUAUUCCUGUGUUAGCUAUAUUUGCAAACAUUGUUGGUGUUGAUAGUAAAUGAUUGCAUUCAUGAAACAAUUAACAUUGCAAUAAUUUACAUAUCCUUCUUAAUGUGUGAUAUAGGUCACUUAAUGUCUUGCAUGAUAUUCAGUGAAUGUAAUAUCUUGUCCUAUAAGUGACAGAUAAAAUUUUAGUUAUUUCCUAUCUGUUCUCUGCUGUAAUUGGAAAUGACAUUCAUGAUCUUUCCCACAAUCCUGAGACCAAACAAGUUUAGUGAAGAGGGUCUUCCUCACUUUUGCUUUAUAUGUAGAAGAUUAGAACAAUAGACGAGUAACUGAAAAGGAGUGUUUUUGAGCAUUUCACUUAAAAUUAGCACUUUGGAUGUAUUAACUACUUGUACAUUGUGACAUUUUUAAACAAAAUUGUAACCGUAGAAGAAUUACACUGAUCUGUAACUUUGUUUCUUUUACACCGAAAAUGUACAGUUGCUGAUUAUCUUUGAUCUUUUACAUACUAUCACAAUUAUUAGUUUACCCUAUGGUUUCAGUAGGCUUUUUCUGAUUCAAAGUUUUGUGUAAUUUGUGUCAUUUUUUUGGGGGGGGG